CACGCAACGUCCAUCACAAGUGAGAAGCGACUUGAAGUCGGACUACUCACUUCGUCAUAAAACAUCAUUUUGUUUUUUUACAUCACGAUUUGUAACAACUUGUAAAUUAAUGAAGCUGUAGCAAGUACAUGAAUUUACCUCCGUCGGCCAUUUUGUUAACAACACACGCACAAAAUGGCGACCAAUUUCACGCAGGAACUUUACGAGAUCGGACCGAUGGCCUACCCGCUGAAGAUGAUAUCAAAGGAUGUCGCGGAGCACAUGCUGGGUUGGAACAUUCCAGAAGAACAUCAAGACUUGGUCCACGACCACUGGCGAAACUUCCCCGCGGUCAGCAAGUACUGGCAUUAUGUCCUAGCGCUGAUCUACACCAUGCUCAUGGUCACGUCGCUCACCGGCAAUGGAAUUGUCAUUUGGAUAUUUAGCACUUCAAAAUCCCUGCGCAGCGCGAGCAACAUGUUCGUGAUAAACUUAGCGGUGUUCGAUCUGAUGAUGAUGCUGGAGAUGCCGCUGCUAAUCAUGAAUUCGUUCUACCAGCGUCUCGUGGGGUACCAGCUCGGCUGCGAUGUGUACGCGGUACUCGGCUCUCUCUCUGGAAUUGGAGGGGCCAUCACUAAUGCUGUCAUUGCUUUUGAUCGAUACAAAACAAUUUCGUCGCCACUUGAUGGAAGAAUAAACACAGUACAAGCGGGUCUGCUGAUCGCCUUCACCUGGUUCUGGGCGUUGCCGUUCACUAUCCUGCCGGCGUUCAGGAUAUGGGGGAGAUUUGUUCCCGAGGGCUUCCUGACGACGUGCUCGUUCGACUAUUUCACGGAGGACCAGGAUACGAAGGUAUUUGUCGCGUGCAUCUUCGUGUGGAGCUACUGCAUACCGAUGGCGCUCAUCUGUUACUUCUACUCUCAACUAUUCGGUGCUGUCCGCCUCCAUGAACGCAUGCUACAAGAACAAGCCAAGAAGAUGAACGUGAAAUCAUUAGCAUCAAACAAGGAAGACAACAGCCGCAGCGUAGAGAUCAGGAUAGCUAAAGUGGCGUUCACUAUUUUCUUCCUGUUCAUCUGUGCGUGGACUCCUUACGCUUUCGUCACCAUGACAGGCGCAUUUGGCGACAGGACCCUACUAACUCCGAUAGCAACGAUGAUCCCAGCCGUGUGCUGUAAAGUAGUCUCGUGCAUAGACCCAUGGGUGUACGCCAUCAACCAUCCGAGAUACAGGGCGGAGUUGCAGAAGCGUCUGCCAUGGAUGGGCGUCCGCGAGCAAGACCCUGACGCGGUAUCUACCACCACCAGCGUCGCCACCGCUGGUUCUCAACCACCAGCCGCGGAGGCCUAGACAGACAAACUGAUUCAUAAUUACUGAGGAAAAUCAUGUUAAAGCUUAAGCAAUAAUUUAAAACUCCAUUAAGCAUAGAAAAUUCUCAAAUAGCUAUUAUUAAAUAUCUUCAUUACUAAGGCAUUGUUAAUGCGGAGAUUACUUAAACAGAGAUUUAAAAUUAAACUUCUGUCCAACGCGCGGCGUUAGGUUGAAAUUAAAAUGCUCGCACGAUAAUCAGCUUUAUAUUUCAAAAACGUUAUAUAUUACCGUUACCGAAAAACAUUGUUAUUAGGAAUCAAACAAAUCCGUCAUUUUAUGUGUAACAAGACAAGAUAAAGACAGAAUAACUCGGGGCGCCGUUCAAGAAAUCCUUUUAUGUUUCGCGAAGGACUUGCAAAGGGAUUGUUUACGUUGUUUAUGCCUUUAAAUAAACUUAGGAAGGAGACCAUCUAGGAUACACUACGCGAGUUUUUCGUAUAAAAAAGAUAAUAAAUUUAAAUAAAAGUAGUGUGCUGUUUACUCGUAUUUGAGUUUCCAGAACUAUUAUGUUAACUUGACCUAAUAAUGCUGCCUUAAUGACCUACUUCGUCCAAAAUUUGACCUAUAGAUAAUAAUCUAUUGAUAACGUUCAAAAUUUGUGGAUGGACCGAAGUCACAAUGUGAUUUAUUUUAUAACAAAAUUAUUUAACAAAACAAUUAUAAAUCCGAUGGCUUAAAUGAGAUGAUUUUCUUUAGUAAUUGAUCCAAAUAAAGGACUUUGUACAUUUCUUAGCGUGAAUGACAUGGAGCGUGUUAACCGGAUUCUGAUGAUGCUACUAAAUUUUUUAAUCAAGCAAUAAAAAACAAAAAAAAAUCGACUGAUCCCGACGACACUGGCAUUUUUGUUUAUUUAUGAGCAAAUAAAUAUUAUGUUGCAACAA